UAGGUGUCUCGCCGUGUCGUGCAAUGUUUCAUGCAGAUUAAAAAAGAAAGUAUUUGGUCUCUCUGGCACUCAAUUUCGGUCUUUGUGAAACGUUGGACUUGAAGCACCAGAGUCGGAGGAAACCAGAGUCGCGAGGAAAUUGUCACUUGUGAACCCAGAUCAAUCAAUCGCCAACACAUCGCCAACCAUGUCUACCACUGCCUUUCAGCCAACCAUGCGGAGAGCCGCCAGAGCCCAGACGGCCGCCCUGAGAAUGCCCGUGGCAAGGACAGCGCCCAAUUUGAUAGUCCCAACCCUGGUCGUCGCCGGAGCAGUCUACGCCGUCGCGACGUACGUACGCUCGCAGCUUAGCGCCGAGUCCGAGACCAUGAACCGCAUGUUUGCGCAGCAGAACACGCCGCAGGUCAUGGAGUCGCGGCGCAAGAGCUUGCUGGUCGACACCGAGGGCGACCCGCGGAAGACCAUCUACAACGUCUUGAACUGGUAGCGUAGCAAAGCGUGUCUGUGGGACUGGGUGGCGUCUUGCUUUUCGAUUGGUUGAUAAGUAUAGGCGAAUGGCGGGAGUGCUGGUUUGGCGUUUGGGACGAGAAUCCUUUUUUUUCUCUCUUUUUAGACUACAAUAAUGUGGUGUCCUGGGUGUGGGCUUGCAGCCUAUGUCUAUAUAACCACAGUUGCUUAGGUAUUGAGGCAAUAGUUGUCUUUUUUGUCUGCUUAUACAGCGGUAGCCUACAACAUACGGUCAUCUCCAGAUCUCUCUCAACCAGUUCGUGUGAAACUUCGCCGCUUAUGCUUAAACUAGCCCAGGUUAGGUGUAUUCUGAGGGGUAAUUAUUAGGGCACGGAGGAUCGGGCCGAGGUUUGCCUUGUUGUUUUUGUGGUUUCGCGGAAGCAAAAAUUUUCCACCACAGCUUCUGUAUAAAAAGGACAAGGCAAGUCGUGGGAGUAAUGGGGCUAUGC